AUGAUGAAAAUCGAGCCGCUGUCCCCUUCACCUGAUUUUCCAGAAGAGCAUCCACCCGCAGUCAAAGCAACACCGGUACUUCGCGUCGACCCUUUGCCUGAAGCAGUUUCGAAGUUAUCUACAGCCGUUCAUGAUUCAUCUCACCAUUCAAAGUCCAAAGCGGCGGCGUCCUCUGACACUUCCAAACGCACUCCUUUACCACCGAAGGUGUCGAAAGUGGAAAACAUUCGUUCGAUUUCAUCCGAAACUUCAUCCAAACGUUCGGAUCACCACGAGUAUCAUGGCAAGCAUCGGACCAAAGCAGAACGCGAACCAAGUUUCGGUGAGCGACCGAGAAGUUCUACGAAGCACUCGAAAAUGGAACAAAAGUACCGAAUAAAGAACAAUUCCGUGGAGAGAUCCCCCGCGAGACGGCCCCCAAGUUCUUUGCAUCAUACUCGGCGAUCCGGUGACCGCGGUUUGACAAAACCGACGUUGAAGCGAACUUACGAGCAGUUUUCUCAAGAAUACACUCGACGAGCCGACAAUGCUCACCGUAAUCACUACGGCGGCAGAAAGCCGGACAACCGGUCUGUCGAGCGACUUGGAAGAGACAACAGACCUUCGAGGUCGAACGCAGCCUUUCCUCUGUUCGAAAAGAAACUGCCAUCAUUGUUGGAUUUACACUUGCCUCGGCCGCAGAUGGAAACGAGACCAGAGUAUGACAUGCCUGCAUUUCCACCCUUAGCGACCGUACCACAGACGCAAGUCGACAUUCCGCUACUCUUUUCGGCAUCGUUGUGCCAUUUGUUACCAGCGUUAAUCAAGCAGCUUCCUCGUUGGGCUGUUUUGGUGUGUUGA